AUGCUCUCCUCUCACGGUCGAGGUGGUGCUGGCAACAUGGCCGACUCAACCCACACUGAGAAGACAGAUCCCAGCAAGCUCCAGACUCCCGUCCUCAAGGGCUCUGUUGUCACCACCGGCCGUGGUGGUACAGGCAACAUGGCCAAGAACGAUGACCCUCGCGAAACUCGCAAGCGUCAGGACGUUGAAGCUAUCCCUCGACGCCCCUCAUCUGGUGCUCAGCAUUCUGGCCGUGGUGGCGCGGGCAACAUCUUCAAGGACAAGGAGACAGAGUUGACCCGCAAGCCCAGCAACGACGAAGCGAUAACUGACGAGGAGGAGCCUAAGUCUGCCAACUCACCUACUCCUGCUGCUGGCGAGUCGUUGGCUCAGAAAGGCAAGAACUGGCUCUUUGGCAAGAAAGCUUAG